AUGCUGAAUAGGAUGUUGGAUCACCAAUCUGGCCAGGGAUUUGUUUCGGAUGGUAGCCACCUUGACGAGCUAGCGGAAAUCAAUGAGAAACAAGAGAGAGUAAAAGACGAGUUUUCAAACAAUUUAGAAUUAUGUGCAAGUGAAGCUGAAAAAUUUGUCGAACAACCUGUAUCAGAUUCAGACGCAUUAGAACCAUUCAUAGACAUGCAGUUCAACUCAAGGGAGGAAGCCAGAGAAUUUUACAAUGCCUAUGGUAGGCGGAUGGGAUUUACAGUACGAGUACACCAUAACCGACGUUCACGAGUGAAUAACCAGGUUAUCGGUCAAGAUUUUGUCUGCUCAAAAGAAGGCUUUCGUGCAAAGAAGUAUGUGCAUAGAAAAGAUAGAGUGCUCCCUCCUCCACCAGCCACCCGAGAAGGAUGUCAAGCCAUGAUAAGGCUGGCUUUACGGGAUGAAGGGAAGUGGGUUGUCACCAAAGUUGUGAAGGAGCAUACACAUAAACUGAUGAGUCCUAGUGAAGUUCCAUGGCGAAGAUCUGAGAAGCACUUGGUUAGUGAGGAUGAGAAAGAUAGGAGAAUCCGUGAGCUAUUGCUUGAGUUAUACAACGAAAGGCAGAAGUACAAACGACGCUGUGCAGCAUAUGAAGAACAGUUAAAUGCGAUUCUGAACGAUUUGGAAAAGCACACGGAACACAUCUCUAAAAAAGUUGCUGAUGUAGUCCGAAAUAUAAGAGAGAUCGAGGAAGAAAAAUCAGAUUCAAAAGGCAGGUAA